UUCAGGCAGUUUUUGCAUUCAAGUUCUGAUAAAGAGUUUAUCUUUGAGUUUCCAGUCAAUUUAAUUUCAGAUAUAGUCUAGCCUAACUUAUGUUUUGACGUGGCUCUUAUGGCCGACUUAUUUUGAAAUUGUGACCGGAAUUUGUAUUUUUUUAUGGCUGACUUGACGGACUUGGUGAAAGUGAAACUAAAAUCAACCCGGAGUUGAAGGGGAAAACCAGCAAUAAGCUCUACUUUGUUCGUGCCAUCGCAGCAAAGAGUAGCCUACUACCAUAACGUUACAGCAAAGGAAGACAUACAAUCAUGACUAACUUCUCUACAAUCUACAAACUGUCCCUGGUUACCGUAAUCUGCUUCAUUAAAGCCUGCAGCAGUAGCUGUCCAGUGUUGGAGUGCUGGUUUGUGCAGGAGAAAGCUGGUCGAGGAGGAGGUUUAACUGCAGCUACGAGCCAGGAGAAAUCCCUGCUUCACAUCAGAACAGGCGCACACAGCCACAGUGCAGAUUUCAACCAGGCUCCAUCCGACAUCAACCCCGACAGAGUCUACUUUAUUACCGACCCAGCUGCCACUCUCUGCCAGCGCUCUCUGAACCCUCCCAGAGGAUCUGUCCAGAAGCCCCAGUGUGAGAUCAACCCCUUCCUGCCGCAGCCCUCCACCCUCAAAUGGGUUGCUCCGCUCACAGACUCCGCCUUAAGCCCCACAUACCUGCAAGCUGAUUGGUUUUCAACUGCCCUUCAGGGCCUCAAUGAAGAGCUGGCCAUUUCCACUAUCAUGCGUGCUCCCACAGCAACCAAAGAGCACAAUGUAAUUCUCAGUGUGACCAGUAAAACGGUCUCGGUGCAGUCCAGACUCAGGGAACCAGUGCUGCUGGAUUGCAGCUUCUGGGUUGACCCCUCCUCGCCUUUAUCUGGAUCGGGUUUUGCCGUAGAGUGGCGCUACCAGUUCAGAGGCGACGGACGAUUGGUUCUGGCUUACGACGGCAAGACGGACCGCUUGGCUGAUACACAAGAGGAAGGGGCCACACUGGACUUUGAGGGUUUGCACAAGAAGGGGAAUGCGUCUCUGAUCCUGCAGGAGGCUAAAGUGCAUCACUCCGGGAUGUAUAUUUGUACGGUGUACCUGCCGUACAUUGUGGCUCAGGUGGCAGUGGAGCUUGAGAUUGUAGAACCUCCAUCCCUCUCCAUCCACCCCUCCCCUCUGCCCCUCAUUGUUCCUGGCCAGACUUUGACCGUCGAGUGCGAGGCGUCCGGCUUUGCCCCCCUCUCCCUGGAACUGAGUUGGGAGUUAAAAGGCGCAGAUGGGAAGUCCAGCCCUCUGGGAUCAGGCAGCGUUACGGGCCACAGGCAGGCCUGGGAUGGGACCUAUAGCCAGAGCAGCCGGUUGGAGCUUGACCCGGCUAAGCUGGACCUGGGCAGAGGAGGGGAGAUCACCUGUGUGGCUGUCCAUCUCGGAGGCACACGACGGGCCAGCGUGACCCUCAACGCCAUUGGGUUCAGUACUCCCUCCAUUGAGGACUCAAUGGCAAUGGUCGGCGUAGCGCUAGUGCUCUACGGUCUUAUCAAGUUUGUCUCUUGGACCUGCACCGGCUCAGGCUCCGAUGGGGCUGGUCAACAAGACAAGAAAGACAAGUAAAGAAUGAUGAAGUCAGCUGCUGUGGUGGGACACCGAACCAGCAACCCUGUCUGUUUUGGUAUCUUGGUGAUGUGGUUUUUGAACCGUUUUUUUUACUCCACAGAUCCAGAGAGAAGCUUGCUUGCGUUAGACGUUAUUUUCACUAUUUAGCUCAAAUAGUAAUAAAAUGUAGGGAUAGCCAUACUGUUUUGCUAGUCUAACAGUGAAAAUUUUUGAAGGGGCUUCUUCUCAGUCUAAACAUGUUUGUUGGGAUAUUUCUUUUACUUUAAAGUGAUAUAACUUGUUAUAUCAUUUUGGGCUCCCACUGUGUACAUACUGUAUCUUGUCAUGGACACUGGAAAAUGUCCUGAAACUUUAAGCAAUUCUGAAAGGGUAAUGUGAAUAAAUAUCAGCUUCAAGUUGGAAAUGCUAAUGCUUCCAUAUGAUGCUCCUCUUAGGUGUACAAGCCAAAUAUUUAAAUCUUUGAGGACCAGAGAUGAGCCCUUUUGUUUAUGCGUGUGUGUGUGUGUGUGUUGAAGAAAGAGAAAGAAUCAUUUCAUUUGUUAUGACCCAGGACAGUAAAAUUAAUAUUAGACUAAACUGUCCAAACCCAUGAGCUGAAUCCUGUUUUUGUAAAUACAGAGAAUAUAAUUUAUGUAUAUUCUGACAUUCUUUUGUUAAAUGUGUGUUUGUGUGUCAUGGUUUUACUCUCAUUACGUUUUGGUAGUAAUGAUUCUCUAACGGCCUGUAAUGCAAAAUUAAACUUAAAUAAACGUGUGAAGGAAAUGGUACAAACAAAGCAUAGUUCUACUGCAGAAAAAAAAACCAAAUCUAUAAUAAGUUCUGAUUGCAUUUGAAGUGAAAUAAAAACAUUUUU